AUGGCAAAACAAAUGCAACUUGUUAUCUUCCUAGCCAUAGCUUCAUUAUUUCUAAGCUCAUUUCUUGUAGUGUCUGCUCAUGGCCAUCGGGACAGGCGUGUUCAUAAGGGAACUGCUACAUUCUACACUCCUCCAUACCUUCCUUCAGCCUGUGAUGAGUAUAAAGACGAAGGAGUAAUGAUCGCGGCAGCAAGCCACUCGAUAUGGAAUAACGGAAAGGCUUGUGGGAAAAAACUGAAAGUGAAAUGCAUAGGGGGGACCAAUGAUGGACCUCAUCCUUGUAGAGGAAAAUCACAUGUCACGGUUAAGAUUGUCGACUUUUGUCCCGCGGGCUGCCAAGGAACCAUUGACUUGUCGCAGGAGGCUUUUGCCGCCAUUGCUGAUCCCGAUGCUGGCAAGAUCAAAAUAAGUUUUAAGCAGUGA